AUGGCGCCCAAAUUUUCGGAAGACGAAAUUGAUGAUUUGAUAUAUUUUGCUCGUAUUGGGGACAAUGAUGAAUUCGAGAAAUUGAGGGAGGAGUUAUGUAAAAGGGAAGGAUGUUCGAUUGCUGAACUGCUAGAGACUGCGAGGGAUAGUGAGAGUGGGAAUGGUGUGCUACAUAUGUCUGCCGCCAACGGACAUCACGAACUCCUUAGUCUCCUCAUAAAAUAUCUUUCAAACCCCUCACCUCAGAAUCCUCAAAUGCUCAAAAUACUCAACACGCAAAAUGGCUCCGGAAACACACCCUUGCACUGGGCAGCGUUAAAUGGACAUUUAGAAUCCGUAAAGAUUUUAAUAGAAAAUGGAGCAGAUCCAACGAUACAGAAUCAAAAAGGACAUGAUGCGGUUUAUGAAGCGGAGUUGGCGGAUAAGACGGAGGUUGUGGAUUGGGUUCUGAAAGAAGGAGGGGAGGGAUUGGAAGAAGGUAUUGCUGGGGAUGAAGGUGCUGAGAGAGGAGAGGAGGAUGAGAAUAUGGUGGAGGAAGGGACCGAGGUUGUAAAUGUUGCGGAGGGAGAAGGAAAGCUCGAAGAUGCGCCAGAAUAUUGGGGCUGA